AUGGAGAACGAGACGGAUGAGAAAAAAAUGGAGAACAGCAACGGCAAUGUGCGUAAGGGUAAAUCGGUGACAUUCAAUCAGGAUACACAAGUAUUCGUAUUUGAUUCGGAGCCCAACGAUUUUGGAGAAUCAAAUGCUAGGCAAACGGCACAGGGCUGCGUCCGGGAACGGGUCAAGAGGUACAACCAGAAUGUGGCGUGGCGCUCGAUCCCGCUCCGUUCCAGGCCGCCCGCACUGCCGCCGAGGAACCCUGUACAGGUCAACGUUGCCGGGCCGACACCUUUACCACCGAAGCCUCCACCAAGAGCCAAAAACGAACCGUCUGUCGUCGCUAACGUCCGACCAAAAGUGCGCAUUUUCAGGCGCUGCCCGGACACCCGGCCGGUGACCGAAGCGCGUGAAGUCGAACCGCUGGUACCGCACUACCGCAUGAAGGUGCCGGAUACACCUCCGCCGCCGCCACCAUCGUUAGUGCGGUCUUCCGCAGCCACGAUAUCCACGUCUUCCGCAGCCACGAUAUCCACGUCUUCCGCAGCCACGAUAUCCACGUCUUCCGCAGCCACGAUAUCCACGUCCUCCGCACCAUCCGGGCCAUCCGACGACGACGACAACGGUAUACGUCUAGCGGACGACCAACGGUACAACGCCGAAGGGACCACCGCAGCCGACGCCGACGAUGAAAACAACCGUGAAGACAGACCCGGAUGGUUAACAGGUUGUUUUCUGUUUAUCGUUAGUUGUUUCUCGUGCACAUAA